GUGGUCACCGUGAGAUCGGUUCGCCGUCGGUUUCCUGCUGCAGUGAGAAGAAGCGGCGGCGUCGAGACAGACUGAAGACUGAGCAGCACCUCCUCCAAUAACUACACCGUACAAUGAAACUGUUAGCGGCACCUCCGUCUCUCGACACCUACUUUGUGACGGUUAUUCUGCUGGUGAUGGGCCUCUCUACUCCUGGACAAGCAGAAAUCACCAGUCUGGACACAAACAACAUUGAUGACGUCCUAAAUAAUGCUGGGGUGGCAUUAGUGAAUUUUUACGCAGACUGGUGUAGAUUCAGUCAGAUGCUCCAUCCGAUUUUUGAGGAGGCAUCUAACAUAGUGAGGGAGGAGUUUCCUGACACCAAGCAGGUGGUGUUCGCUCGCGUCGACUGCGACCAGCAUUCGGACAUAGCACAGCGCUACCGCAUCACCAAGUACCCGACGCUGAAGUUGUUCCGCAACGGCAUGAUGAUGAAGAGGGAGUACAGGGGUCAGAGGUCGGUGGUGGCCAUCGCUGACUUCAUCCGCCAGCAGAAGGUCGACCCAGUAAAAGAAUUGCACUCAAUGGAGGAGGUUAAUGCUGUGGAUAGGAGCAAGAGGAACAUCAUAGGCUACUUUGAAAAAAAGGACUCCGAUAACUACCACACGUAUGAAAAAGUCGCCAACAUCCUUCGAGAUGACUGCACGUUCUUGGCUGCCUUUGGCGCUGUAUCCGAGUCUGAGCGCUUCAGCGGAGACAACGUGAUCUACAAACCUCUGGGCGAGAACGUUCCCGACAUGGUCUACCUCGGAUCCCUCACCAACUUUGACCUGACGUACGCUUGGGCCCAGGACAAGUGUGUGCCUCUGGUCAGGGAGAUCACCUUUGAAAACGGAGAGGAGCUGACUGAAGAAGGAAUCCCUUUCCUCAUUUUGUUCCACAUUAAAGAAGACACAGACAGCUUAGAGAAGUUCCAACAGGAAGUAGCUCGCCAGCUCAUCAGCGAGAAAGGGUCUAUAAACUUCCUCCAUGCAGACUGCGAUAAGUUCCGCCAUCCUCUCCUCCACAUCCAGAAAACUCCAGCUGACUGUCCCGUCAUUGCCAUAGACUCAUUCAGACACAUGUAUGUCUUUCCUGACUUCAAAGACCUCGAUACCCCCGGCAAACUGAGGCAGUUUGUUUUGGACCUUCACUCCGGUAAGCUUCACCGAGAGUUCCACCACGGCCCCGACCCCACGGACAGCACGCCUGGACAGGAGGAGACGGGCGGAGAGGUGGCCAGCAGUCCCCCGGAGAGCUCGUUCAAAAAGCUCGGGCCCAGCGAGACCCGCUACACCAUCCUCACCCGGGACCGCGACGAGCUGUGACCUUAACGGCCUUCCAGUGAUCCUGUGACUCAAUGCCACGCCCCCGGGGUCAGGGAGGGGGUUAGGGUUGGGACAGGCCGGCGGGACAGAACAGCAAAACACCCAACACCCUUACUGAAGAACGAGACGAAGCGCAAGAAAGGGGAAAACGAAGAGGAGCGAAGACGAACAGGAGGAGGAGCGCGGUCCAUGACACACCAUGUUGGAAUAACCUAUAUUUUCAUAACUCUUUCACGUACAAUUUUUAUUUUGAAUUAAAAAAGGAAGGGGGAUAAAGAAGAAAAAAAAAAGUGUGUGGGCAGAGGGUCAGGGGCAUUAGGACAUGAAGAGUUUUUACUUUUGUUUUCCGGAGGUUGUAAAUAUGUUUGUGCUGCGUUGGAGUCUCAAUGUCGGUCUAAAUUAAAUGCAGAGUUUUCUUUAUUUUAUUCCUUUUCUUUUUCCAUCACCCUGCUAUUUUGUAGAAAGAGGAAAAAAAAAAUCAACAGUUCCCUCACUCCGGUUGUACGGUUCUUAUCUGUGGGUAGUUGAGCCUGUCUGAUAGGAGACGCUCGUUUAGUCUCACUGACCUCAUGGCUGCAUCUCAAUACGACCAACUCUAGUUUAAUUCAGUUUGUAUAGCACAAGUUCUAUCGGUAUGCCUGUUUUGAAGUAGCUUUAUCUCCAUAUCUUCUCCGCACACACAGAAGGAACUGAGAAAAAUACUCUAAUUUCAAAUAAGACAAGAUAAAGAGACUGAGCUACUCCAGCCCGUUGAGAUGCGUCCCUUCUCUCCCUGGUACGGUCGGUACCACGGUUAUAGAUUAACAUGUCUUACAGUGCUUAGAAAAAAAUGUUCCUGGGAUCUUUUCAUGUUUUACUUUUUUCACAAUAUUGUGCCACAGUGGAUGCAAUGAAAUUUUUGUCACCAGUCAACAGAAAGUAAUCAAAAUGAAGUUGCUUUAUGGCUUUUGUACUGCAUUAAUACCCCCCAAAAAAUCCCCACUUUUGAUGAAGCCUGGUGGUGGCAGCAGCAUCAUGCCAUGUGGAGGCUUCUCUGCAGAGGCACCGGGCGUCUAGUGACAAUAUGAGAGUGACAAAUACAUGCAGCAAAUCAAACAGAGUCAGAUGAAAGGAGGAAAGGCAUGAAAUCAUGAAAAAAUACUAGAAUUUGCUUGGGAUUGUGCUUUCCAAAACUGACAAACCUGUUCAUUUAAGCUUAAAGCUGAACUUGGGGGCAGAAAAGUGUAUUUAACCCUCUUGUUUUCCUCAUUUACAGGCAGCAAAAAAUAUUGUUUCCUGUUCUGAAAAAAAAUCCCAAAAAUUCAGCAAAAAAAUUCCCCAAAUUUCUGAAAAUUCCAAUAAUUCCUGAAGUUUUAUUUUUAAAAAAUCUUACAAAUUUGGCAAGAAAAGUUUUGUAAAUAUUUUUUACGAAUGAGUAAAAAUUUUCCAAAAAAAAUCCUGAAAUUAUAUAAAGUUUUUACAUAUAUAUCAGUAAAAUUUCUGUUUUCUUUAAGAACAUUCACAAAAAAAAAAAACUAAAUCCAGUGAAUUUUGCUGGAUUUUGGUAGAUUUUUUUUGUGAAUGUUCUUAAACACUUAACAUUCCUUUUUUUUUCCACCCCAUCAAAAAAUGUUCAAAGUUUUCCCAAAAAUGUGGACAUUAGAAAUGUCACUGUGAAAAUUAUUUUUUUUCCCACAUUCUCAAACUUUUAAACAGGUCAAUUUGGUCCCACAGGACGACACGAGGGUUAAGCACAUGAAUUCUGCAUUUGAUCCUUAUGUCAGUUGUAGCCCCUCUUGAGCCUAUAAACAAUAAGUGGAUAUAGCUCAUGGAUGCAAUCAGGAAUCUUCUACAUUUUCUACCCAAAUCAAUCCAAACAAUUUGACUCCUAUUCUGUUGAUAAGUGUCUAAAAAGUCUGAUUAAAUCCACCAUAUGUAAUAUGGUAAAAUAAACAGAGGGGCUGGGUACUUUAAUGGGCGCUGUAUUUGCCCGUAACAACCCCCGAGUUGUGCUCCUGGGAAUCAAAAAAAAAAAAAGGUGUAUUUUACCACGAAUUUCUGAAAUGGCUGUUGUUUUUGCUGUUACCUGUUGUUAAAUGUGUCAUCACGCUGGGGGAAGAAGAAAAGACGGACUGUCCCCGUGUUUUACAAAAGGCCGAGAGACGAGAGAGGGGGAAAACCCAAGCGGCGAACGGCGGAAAUUUAGUCUGCCACUUUAUACGAGUCCUUGUCUCCUUUAUAUGUCUUCAAGGUUUUGGUACAAGUCUAGAUCCCUGAGAACCCUACAAGUGGACUACGAGUUUGGGGACCCAUCUCUAAGUUUGUACUGUGCGUCCUGCCCUUCCAUAGAGGCCAACAGAUACCUGCAUAGUGACAUAUCAGCCCACAUACAGAGCUCCGGGAGGGGUGGGGGGGAGUGAUGCCAUUUCUAAAUCAGUCAUCUCAGAGGGGGAGAAGAGUUGGAACAAGUAAAUUAAAAACCAUUUUACAGGA